AAUACGCUUUACUUUGAAACUUUGUUUACGGAGAAGCUGCAACAGCGCUGGUUCCCAAGAAGUUUGCAUCCAGUUUAUAGGAAGACAAAAACACGAACCGGCCUCCGUGAACCAUCACGGACUCGACACAUACCACCGGAUUAGACGAGAAAAGAGAAAAGAAAUUCCUCGGACAAGAUGGACGAGAUUCUCUUAAUCAGACUUCGAAUCACCAGUGAAAAAAUUGGUGCUGAAUUGGAAACAAUACCCAGUACGGUUCGGUCAGAAAACAUAGGACAGGCUCAGGUCGUCUAUAACAGACUGCAAGCUGCAGUGAAUAGGCUCAACGCUAAUUUAUCAGAAUACUUUCGUUUAGCUACAACUCCUGCAUCAGAUGAAAUUUUCUUGAUUAGUGGCCAGCAGCUUUUAGCAGAAGAGACUUUAGCAGAACUCAAGGCGAAGAUCGACCAAGUCACCGUAUCCCGUGAGACCCAGGAAAAGCCGCCUGAAGUGAAUUCCUCUUGUCGACUACCGAAACUCCAACUACAGGUUUAUAACGGGGAUGUGCUUUCCUGGUGCGAAUUUUGGGAUAGUUUUAGCAGCAAUAUCGACUCAAGAAACUUACCUGAUGUAGACAAGCUGUCUUAUCUUAAAACUUCAGUGACGGGUGAUGCUAAGAAAGCUAUUGAUGGCCUGCCUACCACUAACGGAAACUAUAAGAUAGCGGUCACUCUACUAAAGGAACGUUUUGGCAAGAAAGCUCAUCUGAUUGAUGCCCACUAUGCUACAUUAUACAAAAUCGAAGCGGCAAAAAGCAGCGCAGAAGAUUGUAGAAGAACUUUCAACGAGGUGGAGCGCAAUCUUAAAAUCCUAGAGUCUCUUGGCGAAAACACCAACCACAACCAUCUUCGUUUCAUGAUUUUGGAGAAAUUUCCUUCGGAUUUAAUAUACGAAAUAAAGUUGAAAAUUCAGAAUGAGUCCACACAAGAACUCCGGGAACAAUUGAAUAAAAUUAUCACUGCAAAGGAAGAUGCAGAGAGAAUUGCUGGAAGGAAACGAUCACAUGAGGUAGAUGACAGCACUGUCGGUACCCUGCAUGUGAACGCAAAGCGUGCGAAGAGAAUGCAUCAUUUCCAACAGGGAAAUAAUACCUCAAAUACUCAACAUUAUCAAGGAAGUACUAAUAGAAAAGGACUAAAUAGAAAAGGAAAAUUUCAAAGGGCCAAUGAACCCAAAAAAGGAAGCAAACCGAGCGUAUCUAAUGUUGCAACAUCUGCUAACAGAUCUGCAACUGUUAACCCAAAGGAAAAAGGGAAAAUCUUAGGUUGUAUAUUCUGCAACGGCAAACACCGCAAUUAUACGUGCCAGGACGCUUCUACUUUAGAGGAAAGAAAGAAGCGGUUGACCGGAAGAUGCUUUAUAUGCUUUAGGAAGAAUCAUCUUGUAAAGGACUGUAAGGAAAACUGGACUUGUAGACUUUGCCCAGGAAAGGAAAGGCACAACAUGGCCUUAUGCCCUUCAAAUUUUCCAAAGGAUCCCAAAACAAAGAAACAGUCUUGACUAUUUCAGAAAGAGGAAUCACCACUCUACAGACAGCUGUUGUUUAUGCUAACCCCUUAGGUGAUAAGAAUAAUGUAUUGUGUAAAUACCGUUUAAUUUUAGACCCAGGGUCUCAACGUUCUUAUGUCACAUUUCAAGCGGCCAAGGAGUUGAAGCUUCCAGUCGAAGAAGAAAGUCUCUUGACAAUUUUCACCUUCGGUGAAGAUCCUCCGAAGGAAAUACAUAGUCCUAUAGUGAUUCUACAGUUAGUAACUAGAACAAAUAAGAAGAUAGUUAUACAAGCUAACUGUGUCCAACGCAUUUCAAGAGGAUUCAUCCCAAAUGUCAAGUUACGGGGCGUACCCGAGUCUUAUGUACUGGCGGAUGAUGGUUCUGUAAGCGGACAGGUGCAGAUUCUAAUCGGAAACGACUACUACUUUAACAUUAUUUAUGAAACUAAGAUACAACUAGAUAGUAACUUGUUUCUAGUGGAUUCUGCCCUUGGAUGGAUAGUCAGUGGCAAGACGGAACCACAGCUUGAAGAGGAAUCAUAUGUAGUGACUUAUGCUCAAACUUGUAUUGAAACGAAGCUUCAUCAACCAGAUUCACCUCUUUGUGAUGGAGACAUUAAAAACCUUUGGGAAUUGGAAUGUAUAGGAAUUUGUGAUUCACCUAAAGCAACAAGAGAAGAAGAAGCUAUUAAAAAUUUUAAUGAAACUACAGUAAAAAUUAACAAUAGAUACACGGUAAGCUGGCCAUGGAUAACUUAUCCGCCUGACUUACCUAAUAACUUUGGAAUCGCCUUUGGGCGUCUGUCAAGUUUACUGAAGCGCAUGGACCAAGAAACCUUAAUGUCAUACGACGAUACAUUUAAACAACAAUUAGCUAAGGGUAUAAUAGAAGUCGUACCCACAUCAGGAACGUCAACUGGUAACGCUAUUCACUACCUACCCUUCCAUGGAGUACGUCAUCGAGGAAAACCUAUGCGAAUCGUGUAUGAUGCUAGUUCCAAGAGUAACAAGAACACCAAGAGUCUGAACGAGUGCUUAUACAGAGGACCACUCAUGCUUGAAGACCUUACAGGGUUACUCAUCAAAUUCAGGACACAUCACAUAGGAUUGACGUCCGACAUAGAAAAGGCGUUUUUACAGAUGGCAUUACACGAGAAGGAUCGUGACGUUACCAGAUUCUUAUGGCUUAAAGAUACCUCUAAACCAGUAUCUCAGGAUAACCUACUUUACCUAAGAUUCUGCAGAGUUCCAUUCGGCGUGAUAUCUUCACCGUUUCUACUGAAUGCGACUAUUAAAGAACAUUUAAAUAAUGCAGAAGAUCAGCAUGUCAGGCAGAAAGCGAAUGACAUAUACGUAGACAACUUUGUUUCAGGCUGUAGUACUACAGCUGAAGCAAUAGAGCUUUACAAAAGUUUAAAAGGAUCUUUUCAAGAUAUUUCAAUGUCACUCAGGGAUUGGAGUUCUAACUCCGAAGAAUUCAUGAAGAUGGUCCCUGAUACAUGUAAAGAAAACAAGAUAAAAGUACUUGGCUUAGAGUGGGACAUAAAAAAGGACACCCUCCAACUGAAGCCCAACCUCCAAGAGGAAGCAGUCACAAAAAGAGGAAUACUGAAGACUAUCGCAUCAAUUUAUGACCCGUGCGGUUACGCGGCACCUCAUACAUUAUCAGCUAAACUUUUUCUGCAAGGACUUUGGAAGGCCGGAGUAUCUUGGGACUCACCAUUAUCAAGCGAGCUAACAGAAGAGUGGAACAUCAUCCGACAGAACCUAGAAGUCAUAGGAAAGGUAUCGGUGGAUAGAUGUUACAUGAAGACACCAACGGAAGCGAAUUACCAACUGCACUGCUUCACAGAUGCUUCACUACAAGCCUACGCAGCAUCGGUGUUUCUAGUCUGUGGCUCGAAGAAAAGCUUUAUCAUGGGUAAAUCCCGUCUGAUACCAACCAAGGAUCAAGAUAACCUCAAGAUACCCCGUCUAGAACUUCUGGGAGUACUGAUAGGCUGUA